AUGUCUACCCCCAAGCCGCAAACAACAUACUUUUCGAACGGCCAAGCGCUCGAACGACCCCCGCUCACCGUCCGCGUCUCCCGUUUCUUCAACGAUGCCUACAGUUUGCUUGGCUUGUAUACCGUGAGCCUCUUCUCGCUCGACCCAUACGGCGCUGCCCAAAACUCCCAGUUCAACAUUCAUCGAUCAAGCACUGUUUCCGGUCGACGUGGUCGCGGCCCCAGCUCUUACUUCGGUGGGGGAGGAGGUGGUGGUGGUGGCGGGGGUGACUCUGGCCCUGGUUACGAUUAUGGUUCAGGCUGUGGUGGUGGUAGUCGGCGCAUUGGACGGGUGGACGAUGUACGAGGACCAGAGUGUGGCAGUUGUCGUUAG